CAAACCGCGAUAGAAAAAAAGGAAAGCGAUGCAGUUCGCUGCUGCUCUUCGCACGCUCAACAAGUGUGUCAUCUACCGGCCGGCGCCCGCUGCUCUCUUUUCCUCCGCACGCCAACAGUGUACAAGUGACGAAUUGUACUGUUUAGGCUGGGACGGCAGACCACUGCGCAGUAGCCUCGGCAAAGGUGAUACAGAGUGGCGAUGGCGAGAGGAGGAAGAAGAGAACCGGGAAACAGAAGACUACCGAAAAUACUAUGAAAAGAACAAGCCGUCGCCACUUUCCAUGGUGGAGUUAGUGGACACGCGGAAGCCGAUCACCCGAGCGAUGGACCACGUGGACGACGAAAAGAAGGUGUUUUUACUGGUGAGGGAGACGGUGGACGAUGCUCUGCGGCGGGCGGAAGAGAUGUGGUGGGCGGCUAAGGUGAGGGGCGAUCCCGACUCGCCGCAGGCGAGAGCGCUCGCCAGGAUGCUUCGCGAAAGAUAUAACAGAGAGGAGCAUAAAGCUAAUAUCGCCCAAUAAAAGCCUCAAGUUCUGUCGACCUAAAUUGCUGCAAAGAAAUGUAAUGAUUAUGGAUGCUUUAAUUGACCUAUAUGGCUA